AGGGAUGAGCCUAGGUUUCAUCUCUUGACUGCUGAUAUAAUAACUCUUUAAAGGGUUGUCUUUAUUUUUGUGGGAUAAUGGUAUAUGUUCCAAAAGUUUAUUUGCAAGUUUCUUGAUUAGGAUCUGGAAUAUAUUUUCUCAUAGAAGCAAAGUUACAGAUGAUGGUUGGAUUCCCUUUAAGCCAGUUGCUACAGAGGACCAUCGUGGGUUUUGAUGAACACGCAGGACUUUGAAUCGGAAUACUGACAGUAGUGUGUACUUUUAGUCUUCUAUCUUUCUAAUAUAAUCACAUUGUGCAUUUCCAGCAUACUGUGCCUUGGGCGUGACACAUCAGAGUCCAGUGUUUAUCUUUUAUUACGUGCCAGACCCCUCUGGAAAGAGCCUCCAUGGAAUUCAUCAUCCGCAGUGUUUGGUUCAGUGUUAGCUUUUGUGUUCUGGGACGUCAGGGGUGAUUCUGCCCACUGUUGGUGCAGAGAUGUCUCUGCUCUUCACUCUCCGCUCCUGCUUCACUGCCCAGCUCCUUGCUGGGAAUAGUCCUUGACAGGAUACGAGAGAUGAAAGUAAUGAGACUGAAGCCAGCAGGAUGAGUAAAUUAAGAAGAACAAGAAAGAAAGUCACGAAACAUGUUUUCUCAACUGAAGUAGGAGAAAUGGAUAUAUCCAACUCAAAAGAAAGGAUCAGAAACCAAAUGGUGUGCCACAAGUUGGAGGAUGUGAGCAAACCAGUUGUGGGAGCUGGCUCCGCAGACUCCUAUCGGCCACAAGAUGACAAGGACUCCGAGAAUCAGACAACAGGGAUAAAACCAUCACCCCUCAAAAUUGCAGCCAGUGCUCCUUGUCGUGAAUUUAACACAAACUCCAACCAUACCGAUAACACCAGGGACGGCACUCAAAUUCCGACCACACCUCAUCUCUCCUCUAGAAUGAAGCACAUUAAACAAGAGAUGGCCAAAAAUCACCUUCAGUUUGUGCGAUUUGAAGCAACAGACCUCCAUGGUGUGUCCAGAUCUAAGAGUAUCCCUGCACACUUUUUCCAAGAAAAAGUGAUCCACGGCGUCUGCAUGCCCCGAGGUUAUCUGGAACUGAUACCGAAUCCUAAGGAUGAUGAAGUGGAUCACAUAAGAGCAACGUGUUUUAAUAGUGACAUCGUCCUGAUGCCAGAGCUCUCAACCUUCCGGGUUCUGCCAUGGGCUGAGAGAACUGCCAGAGUGAUAUGUGACACGUUCACUGUGACUGGUGAGCCUCUUUUGACUUCCCCACGGUACAUCGCCAAAAGGCAGCUGAGCCAGCUGCAGGACGCUGGCUUUUCCCUGCUCUCCGCCUUCAUCUAUGAUUUUUGCAUUUUUGCUGUGCCCGAAAUUAUCAAUUCAAAGACCAUCUCUUUCCCUGCUUCAACACUGCUAAAUAAUCAUGACCAGCCUUUCAUCCAGGAGCUCGUUGAUGGUUUGUAUCACACUGGAGCCAAUGUUGAGAGUUUUUCCUCCUCUACCAGGCCCGGUCAGAUGGAAAUCUGUUUUUUGCCUGAAUUUGGCAUCAGUGCAGCUGAUAAUGCAUUCACCCUCAGAACAGGUGUCAAAGAAGUGGCGAGGAAAUAUAAUUACAUCGCCAGCUUUUUCAUCGAGACCGGAUUCUGCAAUUCAGGAAUUUUGUCUCACAGUCUCUGGGAUGUCGGGGGGAAGAAAAAUAUGUUUUGCAGCAAUUCUGGAGUCGAGGAGCUCACGAUCACUGGGAAAAAAUGGUUGGCAGGGCUCUUGAAGCACUCUGCUGCUCUCAGCUGCCUGAUGGCUCCUGCUGUUAGCUGCCGGAAGCGAUAUUCCAAGGAGAGUAAAGACCUCAAGGAGAGUGUGCCUACAACAUGGGGAUACAAUGACAACAGCUGUGCUUUUAAUAUCAAGUGUCACGGUGAGAAAGGCAGCCGAAUAGAAAAUAAACUGGGCUCCGCGACUGCAAAUCCAUACCUGGUGCUGGCGGCGACGGUUGCUGCGGGCUUGGAUGGACUUCAAAGCAGUGAUGGUGUCCUGGCCGGUCCCAAUGACAGCACGGACUUCUGUCAGGCCAAAUCUGCAGAGAUCCCUUUGAAACUGGAAGAUGCUCUUGUAGCACUGGAGGAAGAUCAGUGUCUGAGACAGGCCCUGGGGGAAACUUUCAUUCGCUACUUUGUUGCCAUGAAAAAAUAUGAGCUGGAAAAUGAAGAAACAGAUGCUGAGAGAAAUAAAUUCUUAGAAUAUUUUAUUUAGACUAGAACCCUUAACUAUUCUUUUGGAGAUGUGUUUUUUAAGUAGCUGAUCUCCCAGGGAGAAAAGAGUGGAUUUUUAUAAUCAACGACAAAAGGACUACAUAGGCUUUCGCUCUUUUUUUGUACCCAUGGAAUAUUUGACGGAUGAAGUGGGACUGCCGAGAGGAUUCUGAUAGUAGAAGCAAACAAUAAAGUUGUGGUGCAGCUGUAAUAUGCAGAUUUCCCAGGUCUUGUUGGUCAGUCAUCGUUUCCGCUAUGUAUGUUGACCUAGAGAGAAAUAUUCAGUUAUUUCAGGCAACAGAUACAUUCAUACAAUCAAAAAGUCUUAAGAAUUACAAAGCAAAAUGUAAACGACUGAAAGAAAAAAAGAAUUUCAAUUAUACACAUACAUUGUGACAGCCAGGGAGACAAAAAUGCUUACUUAUACAGUAUCAGUAAUCUAGAUAAAUAGAGGGCAGCCACUCUGUUACCUGCCCUUUCCCCAUCCUUCUGCCAUUACCCCUCCCAUUGGCUCACCUGCCAGGAAUGUGGCUAGGGGAACACUGUUGGGAAUGGAGCUCAUGCAAGAUGGAAUAACAAGGAGGAAGCUCUGCUUUAUGGAGCAAAAUUUGCCAGAAUCAUUGUGAUCUUUCUAAAUACGUAAGGUUCCAAAAAUAUGUCACGAUGACAAGUGAGCGGAAGGUUUCCCAGUACGUCAACUUCUUUGUGCCCUUCUUUACUAGCUCCUGAAAGUCCUGGGAAGUUCAAGGCUACAAUGUGUUCAAGAAACAAAUCCAUAAGAAAUAAAAUUUGAUGGAGAACAAUGAGGUCAAAUAUUUGAAAGUCAUGAAAUUUUUUCUUUAAACAAUAGCCCAUAUAAAGCCCCAGAUAUAAAACACA